UAAAAAUAGCCAUAUAUGUCGUCUCAAAUCCAAUACGAUAAGAAAAAUGAUGCUUAUAAGUUAUUAGAAGUCUCUGAGACUGCCAAGACUGCUGAUAUUAAAUAAAUCAUAUUUCAAAUUAGCUAAGAAACAUCACCCAGAUCUCGCAACAGGAAAUGAGAUGCUUUUUAAGAGAAUUAACAACGCUUAUGAAAUUUUGAAAGACGAUAAGACCCGUAUUCAAUAUGAUGAGAUUCGUAAUCAGACUUUAUCCGGAAAGUCAUCAUCGAGCCGAUCUUAUGGAGAGUCUUACCAAGGCUCUUCAAAACAGAAUACAUCCAGUAGGAGCAGAUAUCAGCACACUAGGCAGAAUUAUGGGAGUUAUUAUAGUGAUUUCUCAAACGACCAUGACUUCUCUGGCUUCUACACAAAGAAAGACUACAAGAGAACAACCCAAGGUGCUAACUAUGAUGAAGCUAAGAGAAAUUGGGAGAAUAGAAGGAGACAACAAGAGCAAUAUCAAAGAGAUCAACAAAAAGCUUAUCAGAAGUAUGAAAGCUCUCAGAAAAAUAACCAGUCAAAUUAUAAGAGCUACUACAGAGAUACGAGUCAAUACUCAGGUAGUUAUGGCGAAGAUAACGCGAAAUAUCAGCAAGAAAAGGCUGAGCAGUACAAGAGGUACAAGAAGUUUUAUGAUGACUUCAAAGAUUCCAAAUUUUACAAAGAAAAUUUUGACGGCUUUGAGUCCAAAUUCACUCAAGAAAAGGCCAAAAGAGAGAAUAUGUAUGAGAAAUGGAAGAAAAAUCGGAAAGCAUCCAAGCCACAGAAGAAGUAUGGGAAGUAUACCCCAAGCAAAUACAGUCCGUUCUAUCAUGCUAACAGGGUAAAGAUGAUGAGGAUCCUGGGGAAGUACACAAAUUUCUACAAAAUAAUCAACAUCCGUCAAGGAAAGACAGAUCGACUAUUCAUGGAUGCCUUGAGAGCCUUUAAGAGAAGGACUAAUAAGGAAACUAUCAAUAGAGGCUUCCUCACCUUUAAAGAUUUCUCUAGGAUGUUUCCUAUAAAGGCAGCAGUAGCCACCCUUUUUGGAAUGAGCUGUAUGUAUAAUGCAAUGAUUAGAAUGAAAAUAUAAUAUUUUCUUGGGAUUUCAAUAAA